AUGUGGGCCACAUCUCGCCUGAGCCCUUUCGCGCUACUCUGCGCUGCAGCCCUCGCGUCUACGCCGACGGAGGACGCGGACGAGGCGAGCUGCCUGGCGCUGCGCAGCAGCGCCGCGAGCAGACCGAAUCGCAGCAGCCCCGCGAGCAGGCUGGACGCUCUGCGGGCUUUCGAGGCGUCCGUGGACAAGGUGAUCCAGGAGACCUUCGCAAACGUCACUGGCCUCGGCACGCAGCUGGCGCAUCCUGUGUUUGCGGACCCGUCGUGGAUUGCAUGCGCCAGCGAGAGCUGGGACAAUGUCACGUCCAAUGGGUCAGGAGCUGUCGAGAUGAACGAAUUGCUGAACAUCGUGGCCUGUGACGCGGAGAACGCCCACGAUCCCACUUGCCACUCUCUCGUCGCCACCUACAAGGCCUCGGUUACGCUCACAGACACGUUUCCAGAGGGGCCCAAAUUCGCCAAUUACCUCGUGUCCAAUUGGGGCGACUACCCAUCCUGGGAUGAGGGGGCCGUGGCGAACGUCGUUCAAGAACGCAUGCCUCCGUCGGCUCAUGUCAUCAAGGGGAACGGCUUGGUCAUGUAUGAAGUUUGCGAGGCUGUCCGCUCUGGAACCAGGUGGGCACUUGCACUUGUGGCUGGAUCUCCUCCCUGGGCAUGCUCUCCGCUAAGGCGCCUGCGAAGGCGCUCAAGAUGGCGCUGCGGCUUACCUGGACUGGCAGAGCCACGCCACAGCUGA